AUGCUGGCAUUUGCAAUUCUCAUCCUGGCGGCGACGGCGACGGCGACACUGGACACGGGUGGCAAGUUGCAGACAGCUUGCGCAAACAUUUCAUCCUCGUACCAAUCCUGGGUUGCUAGAGGCGGCACGGGCACCUUUGCAGGUAUUCCAGGAAGCACAGCGCAGGAGUGUCUCCGAUCGAUGCCCUUUCAUCCCCAGCUGGCGUUGCAGUUCUUGAAGGAAUAUGAAAAAUACCUCCAGUUUCACUCUACAAUUCACAUACUCAAACAUGCUCCCCCCAGCUACAUGUCGGCACAUGUCGACCUCGUUGCUCACCUUGAAAAUAUCAGGCAAAAAGUAGUCAACGGGCUUUACUCGUCGCAGUUUGACUUUGAAUGGGAUCUGGGCAGAUCCAUAUCCAAGGCAAACGAUGGCCAUCUCACCUUGUCGCUCUGUUCCCAGCGCAUUAUGCACUUUGAGCACGCACCGCCCCUCGUCUCUCUAUCUACGGAUGGACUAGAGCUUCCCAGUAUAUUCACUUUCCGGGAUGCUAAGCUCAAGCUUGCUGGCUUCCCUGGGAUUUCGCCUCUUGUAGAAAUCAACGGCGUCGAAGCUGCUUACUUCCUCGAGGCCAAUUAUGCCAUCAGGCUUGGCUACCAGGACCCGGAUGCCCGGUAUAAUCAUCUAUUUGCGUCUCCUUCUGCCAACUUCUCUGGCAAAUACUCGGGGGGCGCGUGGACGUCAUUGCUGGGUUUGUGGCCUGGCGCUUCGAAUCGCCUGCUAUUUUCCAACGGAACGACCGUCACUGUCAAGACUACGGCGUCCUGGUCACAUUCAAAUGGCCCAAUGGACUAUCCUGAUGGCAAGUCACUGUUUGAAGCAGCGUGCGUCCCGCAUCCAGACUCCGGUUCUGCUUUUGGGUCAUAUGGAGGUACCUACGGCAUCUCUCCGCAACUAGAGGCUCCUCCAAGCGGUGCCUCAGUAUUUCCAGAUCCAAUCGUUGGUGAGCAGCGUGAUCGCGCUCGCGGUUACUAUCUAGAUGGCGCGGGCUGUGAAGAUGUUGCCGUUCUUCAGGUAUCCGACUUUCGUGUUGGUCAAAACGCCACCCGCUUUGCCUCUGUCGUGGCCCGGUUUGUGACGCAGGCCGCGGCAGAUGGCAAGAGGAAGCUUAUUCUGGACAUGUCGGGUAAUCUUGGCGGAGACGUUGCCGCAGGGUUCAACCUAUUCCGAGUCUUGUUCCCGGACAAGCCGAUAUACUCUGCCACUAGAUUCCGAGCGGCCGAGCUCAUCGACUUCAUGGGGCGCAUCUUCUCAGAAACACACAAACAGGAAAACGUCACGCUGGAUCUCCCAUUUGUCGCGCCGCUUGCGGUGGGCGUCGACGGAACGACAAAGAUGGGCUCUUGGGGAGACGUUUACGGGCCGCACGAGAUUAUGGGGGACCAAAUGUCUAGUAUGUCCGGUGUCUUUGAUUUCAACCUCGGCUCUACCUCGAGCGAUCCCAUCAGUGGCUACGGCGACAUCCCGCUGUUUCCAGAAGUGCAGUUAUUUCCUGCCAAUAAUAUCAUCUUGGUACGGGACCCGAUGCCCGACGGAGCGCUGGUUUUGGCCAUGGCUAAUGCUUCUCUUUUUUUACCUAAACAGAUGACGGACGGCCAGUGUGCGUCUACAUGUUCCGUUGUCGCCCAUCUGCUCAAGGAACAGGGCGUGAGAAGCAUCGUCUUUGGGGGAAGACCUCGCCACGGGCUGAUGCAGGCCGUUGGCGGCGUCAGGGGAGCUCAAUACUGGGCUUUGGAGACCAUCAGCGAGUACGUUGAGCGCGCGCGCCACCUGGCUCUCGCGGCUCUGCAGACAGAUUCUCCAAUCCUCUCGCGGGCAGAAAUGCAGAGAUUCAACGAGCUGGCGCCGCUUCCGCUACGAGACUUGCCACUCCGUCUCGACACAUACGAGCAAAGUGGCAUCAACAUCCGCAACGCGUACAGCGCAGGAGACGACUCGACACCGCUCCAAUUCCUGUACGAGCCGGCCGACUGCCGUCUCUUCUUCACGGCGGAGAACUACAUGGACCCUGCGACGGCAUGGGCCGCGGCCGCAGCAGCCAUGUUUCUGAACGGCUCUUGUGUCGAUGCGACACCAGCCGCGCGCCAAGGUUUGAGCAUCUCUCCGGCCAAGACUGUGGUUGAAUCUGUCUCGCUUCAUUCAUCGAGGGGAAGGCUGCGUCAAAAGUUUGGCGCAGAAAGGUCCCCAAGCGGCAAGGCGCUCCCGCUCCCAAGAUGGGCUGCAUGA